UUAUCUUCGGUAUCAUGAUUAUUCCCGUGCGUUGCUUUUCGUGCGGCAAGGUUGUGGGAGACAAGUGGGAAGCGUACAUGCAGUUACUGCAAAGUGAUGUGAACGAGGGUGAGGCUCUCGACGAGCUCGGACUACGACGAUAUUGCUGUCGGCGCAUGGUGCUCACACAUGUGGAUCUGAUCGAGAAGCUGUUGAACUACAACCCUAGUGAGAGGUCAAGGGAUAGGCCGAUAGAUGCCGAUAUUCGCCCUUGAUCGUGAUUUGUCUUUUACUGUGUAGUGUGUAUCUGCAGAACGGUAUUACCCUGUGCGUCAUGAGAUUAGUUUGCAAUCGAUGUGCUGUCCAAACAUUCUCUCCGGCCGCUGAGAGAUGCUUUCAAGUUCCAUUUUUCAGCCUCACUGAGGAAUUUUGUCCGGAUGCGGUAAACCGUAAUCCAGUUCUGGAUGUGGGGCUCUUGCGAUUCUUCACCGGCAGCCGCGGAGGCUGAGGUACGAAGCGCGGCAUCCUCCGGAACUUGGAGUUUGGACUCGUGGGCAGCGAAGAUACAAAUCCCAUGUCUUUCGGCUGUUAUAACGUUUGCCGCAAGGUUCUUUCGAGUGACGUGUCUGUCUACUGGAACAUAACCUCCAAUUCUAGAUUCCACUCUGGUUCUCUGUGACAGAACAACAAGCUUCAUACCUUCCUUUU